GUAGGCCUACAACAACAAUUGAAAACACUAAAAUAAUUCAUUUUAAGUAGUACAUUUACCGUAUUGGAUAACGAUGCCAGUUAUGGUUUUUGACCAGCGCAGAUCUCCGUCACAUCACAGAAGCGUCUUGGGAAAUGCUGAAUAUACUGUCCCUGGAUCUGUGGUAGAAUCGAAUGCCCUUCCAUUGAAUCGUGCUAGACUGUACUAGACGAGCGAAAACAGACUCCAUUUUGUAAUUCGGGCUUUAAGGAAGGCUGCUUAUUUCGGGUAGGUAUUUAGGCCGCGUAUUUCCCCCAUCAAAAUUAACAUUAACGUUAAUGGCUGGAGAGGGGCACUCACCAAGGACUGCUGAGAAAAUGAACGGGUGUCGCAUCUUUAUUGGACGCCUGAAUCCCUCUGCCAGGGAAAAAGAUGUCGAACGCUUCUUCAAAGGAUAUGGCAGAAUCCGUGACAUUGAUCUGAAACGUGGAUUCGGUUUUGUGGAGUUUGAUGACCCAAGAGAUGCUGAAGAUGCUGUUUAUGAACUUGAUGGCAAAGAACUAUGUAAUGAAAGGGUGACUAUUGAGCAUGCUCGUGUGCGCCUGCGAGGGGGGCGAGGAAGAGGUGGCGGUGGUGCCAGUGGUGGUGGUGGUGGCCGCUUCCCAGCCCGCUACGGCCGAGGCUCCCAGGACAGUCGUAGUCGGAACCCCCCUCCUAUGCGCACCGAGAACCGGCUCAUUGUGGAGAACCUGUCUUCAAGAGUCAGUUGGCAGCUUGACUGUUGUGUCGUAUGGAAGAGCUCGCUUAUGGUGGAGUAAACCCCUUCAGGGUCCCUCUGUGUGGGUUGUGCCAGUCGUGCCAGGCAGUGUGCCCCACUCCUAGUUGCCUCCUGCUGGUCGUAUGAGCGCUCGCUUUGGGGAGCCCCACACUCUCGCUCUCGAGCCCCGCUGGCUGCCACCUCCAAUGUGCCAUCCCAUCCCCUCGCCCGCCUGCCCCCUCCGCCGCCUCCCAGCGGAGAGAGAGAGAGAGAGAGAGAGGGAGCGAGAGAGAGCGAGCGAAAGAGCGAGAGAGAGAGGGGUGGAAGGCUGGGGGUGCCUGCUGGCGCUGCCGAGCCGAGCCGAGCCGUGCCGUGCCGUGCCAUGUCGCCCCAGAGCAGAGCGAGCGAGACACAAAGCAGAUGUGGCAAAGAGAGAGAGGGGAGAGCGCAAACAGAACGGGUCGCUUGCUGGUGUGUUGAUCGAGGCGUGUCGGUAAUUUGAGAGGCUUCGAUCGAUAUCUACCUACCUUACCACCAACUCCCUCAACCUCCCACCCAUCCCCCUUCACCUACC